GGCCCGCAGUGUCAGAGACCCGAAACAGCAAUAGAGGGCAGGGAGGAAGGGAGGGCCAGCGCCGAGUGUUCUCCGUUCCUCCGCCACUCUUCUCCGCCUUUUCCCCCUUCAUCUCGUUCAGAUCGCGGAGCAGAAGCGAGGCGGCGGCGAGCCGGCGAGGAGACAAUGCCGCCUAAAUCCGACAGCUGCGAAGGGAUCGUCCUUAGCUUCGUCAAUGAGCAAAACAGGCCGUUGAAUUCACAGAAUGUAGCUGAUGCACUACAGAAGUUUAAUCUUAAGAAGACUGCAGUACAAAAGGCACUGGAUGCAUUGGCUGACAGUGGACAGAUUUCCUUCAAGGAGUAUGGCAAGCAGAAAAUUUACAUUGCUCGGCAAGAUCAAUUUGACAUUCCAAAUGGAGAAGAACUUGAGGAGAUGAAGAAAGCAAAUAACAGGUUACAGGAAGAACUCGCUGAACAAAAGAAAGCAGUUAGUGAGGUUGAAUCUGAGGUACGAGGUCUGCAGUCAAACUUGACUUUGGCAGAGAUUAAGUCGAAGGAGGCUAAAUUACAAAGUGAAGUCCAGGAAAUGGAAGAAAAAAUAAAUAAAUUGCAGAGUGGUGUCAUCUUGGUGAAACCUGAGGACAAGAAGAUCAUUGAGGUUUCCUUUUCUGAGAAAGUUAAUCAAUGGAGAAAGCGGAAGAGGAUGUUUAAGGAGCUUUGGGAUAAUAUUACUGAGAAUAGCCCAAAAGAUCAGAAGGAAUUUAAGGAAGAACUUGGUCUCGAGUACGACGAAGAUGUCGGUGUGAACCUUCAGUCUUACACUGACAUGCUGGCAAGUCUCAACAAAAGGCGAAAAAUUUCCCGCUGAUAAUGUAGCAUGAGAUUAUCUCAAGUCAAAAGUAGGUUACAGCAGUUCUACCAGCAAUGCAGUUCAUGGUUCCACAAAUUUAAUGGUUUAUGUAGCCGAGUGUUCCAGAUAGAUGAUGUUGUCCUCAGUUAAUAUAUGUCUUAUGAGUAUUCCAGUGGGUAAAUUCAGGCCUUAGCGAAUUAGUUUAUCCUACCUGUAAUGAGAUUUGAUAUAGCUUUGAACCAGUCGAGUGAAAGCAAAAUUAUACAUUCUCUUCAA